AUGACGGUUGAGCCUGGAGGCAGUCUUUGUCCAACAACCCACACUACAACCACCUACCCCACAACACCAUCAACCACCUACACCACUACACCUAAAACCACCACUGCACCUACAACCACCUACACCACAACACCAUCAACCACCUACACCACUACACCUCCAACCACCACUGCACCUCCAACCACCUACACCACAACACCAUCAACCACCACUGCACCUACAACCACCUACCCCACAACACCUCCAACCACCACGUGUAAGUGCAGGGACCCGCAGAGAGGACUGAUCUUGCCAUGUGGGAUGACCUGGACGGAGGACUGUUUUGAUAAAACGUGUGAUAACGGGAGAAUCAUCUCGACACCGGUCACAUUCCGGUUGUCACUCGGAUGUCCAGGGUUCGGGAGGGAUGCUGCGACAUUUACAAGUGUGACUAUCCCUGUUUCUUGAGGUCACCAAGUACUGUCGGUAUGAAAGAAUAUUGGUGCUACUUAGCUGGAGUUGCUGCAGGGAACAGCU